AAUAUUCUUUUCUUGACAAGCUCCUGACCCAGGGACAGGCACGCUUGUUCUCUUUAUACAAGAAAGGACUGAAUAACUUUUCUUUACUGGCAAACUGGAAAAAAAUCAGUUUCUAGCAUUAGAAAGCAACAAACUAAUAUGCAGAGAAGAAACUCACUAGAAAUCUUGUCCAUAGAACACCUCCAUUUAUAAAGUUAAGCAGGGUUUUUUAGUCUGUUAUUUACUGUUAUUAUUAUUAUAAUUAUUUUGAAUAUAAUCAGUAGAAAUGGCAAGAAAAAUAGAGGCAUUUUGGAUUUUCACAUUUUUCUGCUUCUGGAGCUGUGCAACCUGUUUGCUUUCUUCUACAGGUGUAAACUAUGAAGUCCAAGCUUUAAUGGGUAUAAAAGCUGGUUUAAUAGAUCCUCACGGUGUUCUUGAUAAUUGGGAUGGUGUGUCUGUUGAUCCAUGUAGCUGGACUAUGGUCACUUGUUCUGCCGAAGGUCUUGUUAUUGGCCUAGGGACUCCAAGUCAGAAUUUGUAUGGUACUCUUUCUCCAAGCAUUGGGAAUUUAAAAAAUCUUCAAUUUAUCCUAUUACAGAACAACAACAUAACAGGACCAAUCCCAGCAGAACUUGGAAAGCUCUCAAAGCUCCAGACUCUUGAUCUUUCUGAUAACUUCUUUAAUGGAAGUAUUCCUUCUUCACUAGGGCACUUGAAGACCCUUCAGUACUUGAGGCUCAACAAUAAUAGCCUAUCCGGAGAGAUUCCAAUGUCAUUAGCCAACAUGACGCAGCUCUCUCUUGUGGACUUGUCUUUUAAUAACUUGAUGGGCCCUUUACCCAGGUUCCCCUCGAAGAUUUUCAAUAUUGUUGGGAACCCAUCAAUAUGCCCAACAGGGUCAGAGCCACCGUGCCAUGGAAUAACAUUGAUGCCGAUGUCCAUGACCUUGAACACUUCAGAAAUAGCCGCUCUACCUUCGGGGAGAAGAAAAAGUCACAAUUUUGCACUUGCCCUUAGUUCAAGCAUUGGGUGCAUUGGUAUGCUGAUCAUUGGUUUUGGGCUGUUUCUGUGGAUGAGACAAAGGCAAAAACAGCAGAAAUUUUUUGAUGUUAAAGAUGGGCAUCAUGAAGAAAUUUCUCUUGGAAAUUUGAGGAGGUUUCAACUUACGGAACUUCAGAUAGCAACCAACAACUUCAGCAGUAAAAACCUUCUGGGAAAAGGUGGGUUUGGAAAUGUCUACAAGGGGUAUCUUCUAGAUGGGACUGCCGUGGCUGUCAAGAGGCUGAAAGAUGGCAGUGCCAUUGGAGGGGAAAGACAAUUUCAGACAGAAGUUGAGAUGAUCAGCCUAGCAGUGCACCGGAACCUUCUUAGGCUAUAUGGGUUCUGUAUGACCGCCACAGAAAAGCUUUUGGUGUACCCGUAUAUGUCUAAUGGAAGUGUUGCUUCUCGACUUAAAGCAAAACCAGUCUUGGACUGGGUCACGAGAAAGCAAAUUGCCUUAGGAGCUGCAAGGGGACUGUUAUAUCUCCAUGAGCAAUGUGAUCCCAAGAUAAUUCAUAGGGAUGUUAAAGCUGCAAAUAUACUGCUUGAUGACUAUUGUGAAGCAGUGGUGGGAGAUUUCGGGUUAGCAAAGCUUUUGGAUCACCAGGAUUCACACGUUACGACUGCUGUACGGGGCACUGUAGGGCAUAUAGCCCCUGAGUAUCUCUCAACUGGCCAGUCUUCUGAGAAAACAGAUGUUUUUGGAUUUGGGGUCCUUCUACUUGAACUGACCACAGGUCAAACAGCUCUUGAAUUCGGCAAAGCAGCUAAUCAGAAAGGAGCAAUGCUUGAUUGGGUGAAGAAACUACAUCAAGAGAAGAGACUCGAUUUGCUCAUCGAUAAAGAUUUAAAAAGCCAUUGCGAUCUGAUAGAGCUAGAGGAAAUGGUACAAGUGGCUCUCUUAUGCACCCAAUAUCUUCCAAGCUAUAGACCAAAGAUGUCAGAAGUGGUUCGAAUGCUUGAAGGCGAUGGACUUGUUGAAAGAUGGGAAGCUUCUCAGAGAGCAGAAGCGAGCAAGAAUAAAUCACAAGAGCUCAUCUUAUCAGAACGAUAUUCAGACCUCACAAAUGACUCUUUAUUACUCAUACAAGCCAUAGAGCUCUCUGGUCCAAGGUAAGACAACAGUAUACACUCUACAGUACGCGAUACGGAAUUAGAAUUCGGAAAGGAGGAAGUUCAUAGUUAAAAACUGCAAACAAAAAUCACAUGUCAUUAUUAUUAAGUUUUGUCGCAGUAAAACAUCAAAGUAUCAAAGGGCUUUGAUUUUUUCUCUCUCAUUGUAUAGAGUUUCAUGGUUUUCCUGAAGAAUUAUUUUCUUGCUGGAUAAUACUGAUGCUUGAAGUGUAUUUAAAGUUCAA